CGAAGGUUGCUACCGUAUGCCUACAAACUGAUAACCGAUGGGUGUCAUAAUUUUCCUUCUUUCCCACGCAUCCACCAUAACCUUCAGCACAAACUCUGGAGUACGGUAGUCUGUGAUGUUGACCCAAACGACCUCUUCAACCCACAUGGACGAUACCAGUAAGUCCCCUGCCAAAACCGUCUCGUUGACAAGUAAAGACGACUCUUCAGCCACCUCCAGUGAAAGCGAUAUCCAAGAACCGCAUCCACCAUCUGACGCGAUGAAAGGACUCUCCGAGACUGCCAAAAAGACAUUGUCCACCGAAUCAUCCUAUGGACACCCCCUCUCUGCCGAAGAAGCUGCCAAACGAGUGCCUCCUGGUGAGGAUGGUCUCCAAUGGCAUGCCACUCUCAUCAAUGGCGAUCCGUUUGACACGAAUGGUAAACUCAAAAAAGGUCUCCAUCCACGAGACUUUGACCUGGAAACCAAAACCAUUCGACCACGACGAGCCAGUCUGCCGGUCUUGGCCAAACCAUUCUUUGCCUCUUUGACACGUGUGCAAGACGAACCCAAUGGUACAAGCGCUAGAUUCAUCUUUCACGGAAUCUUGAAUGGAUGGCCAUCACUCCAGGCAUUCGAAGUCAUGCGAAUUGAACGAAAGCGUGGCAUUAUGUCAAUGGUAGGAUUAUCCGAGUGGGUACCUGUGUGGGAUGCCAAUGAGGAAGGAACGCGUGGCAUCGAUCCAACCUUGCCGGAUGAACUCGUCUUUCGGGUCACACUCCGUGCCCCCAGUCAUUCUACCACGGGGUGGUCCCAAGAGAGCCCUGGAUUUGUCUUUUGGUACCAGCCUAUCCUCCAUACUAAUAAUCCACAACAACAACCCACGCUGACCUAUGGAACUCAAAUGGUACAAGACAUGGUGGAUCCAAACCCUAUUUGUACAAAAGUCCACAUGCUGGGGCACCGCUACGAACGCUCGGGAAAUGAGAAUGCAUUCAACAGGCAAACCUAUCAUAGUCUUGUCCUUCUUGAGUGGGAUCAUCAAAAAUAUUGCACAGUGGUGGAAAAAGGAUUUCUCAAUGGAUUAGCAGGCUGGAAUGGAAAAUGUCUUCAUUACGAUGACAUGGACGAGCCUGAAACUCAAAUGUACAAGUGCUUUCCACCCGAGAUGGUAGCUCCAUGGUUGACUGACAUUGCAGAGAUUCGAUGUUCCGAUGUGGAGGCUACGUCAUUGGAAGAGUUCAAGGCCUACUUGGUCAAAUAUGAACAAUGCAACAAACGAUUCUUUGAUAUACAACACACAUUCUCAUCACAUUCGGCGGCACGACAAGUAUCCAAAAAGGAUAUUGCAGAGUAUUUGGUCAACUAUAUUCGUGGAGAUCCAUCCUACGUGGUACUCAAUCACAACUGUCAGACAUUCACUGCAGAUCUCUGCAACUUUUUGGCGGCAGAUGAAGAGAACACGGCGAAACCUAUCCGACCGUUCUUUCAAUUUUUCUACAAGAAUCGAACAGAUCUGUUUCUCUAACUAUAAGAACCUGACAGGUACGGUAUGAUCAAAACAUAGAACGGGAGGCAGUCCUCAAAGGUCAAUGUCCGAGCUGAAGGACACAGUAACACUAAGCAACAACACUAACACAAAGGAGAACCUUUUUGCCAUGGCAAGAGCCAAACAAGUUCAA